CUGGUUACCACUGUGCCCAGUAUGGCACUCAUCUCAGAUUUACUUUCCGCGUCGACUCAUUUACACAAUCCCAUAAUUAACGACGAGUAUGAUCGUCGAAUCCGCGAGCUAGUUGAAUAUCUCAAACGACCACUGACUACCAAGAACCUUGAUACUUGUGCCAAUGAUGAAACAUUUCUCGAUCAAUUCGAUCCAGCGACAGACUCUAUCGUGUAUCUUUUCGUGCUUGGUGUACAAAUCCAAAAGGCACAGGAACUCGGCGGAGAAGCAUGUCCGGCAGAUAUUCGUCCAUCAGGGAAGCUAUGGGCACGCGCUGCGCAAUUUUUAGCAAAUUUCGAUUCAAUUCAAGUCAGAUACAUUGGACGAGAGUGGCGCAAUUUGAUUGAGAUUGUUGCGCAGGCUUCGCUUGCUGCACACCAGCCACUGCUUGGUGCUAAACUGGUUCGAGAUGCCAUGCUUCGUCUUGACCCAUCAUCUACUGUUUUCACGUCGACACAUCUCUUACUUGUGAAGCUUUGUCUUCAAGCCAGGGCGUAUUCCUACGCAUUGCCGAUACUGAACAAGCACAUUUGUCAUUUUCCAACUCUACCUAGCCAAUCUUCUUCUGAGUCAUCUAUACUCUGUGCAGAUGGGUCAAGUGUGUCUUUUAUAACAGACACCUCUGGAUUUUCAUCUAAGCUCUCCUAUCGUGAUUACUUACGCUAUUUUCUCUAUGGCGGAAUGGUAUACAUGACACUCAAGAAGUGGCGCAGUGCACUUCACUUCCUCGGGGUUGUCAUCUCUAUGCCUACCGCUAGUUCUGUGAGCUUGAUCAUGGUGGAAGCUUAUAAGAAAUGGGUGCUGGUUGGGUUACUUGAAAAGGGAAAGCUAUGCUCGCCUCCGAGUAUUACUACCCCGCAUGUCGUGAAGAUAUACCAAUCGCUCGCGAGGCCCUAUGUCAUACUUGCUCACGCUUUUGAGCGUGGUGACCUGAAGCGGCUCAAGGGUGAAGUUGAUGCUGCUAGGGAUAUCUGGUGCAUGGAUAACAACCUGGGCCUUGUUACCCAAGUUGUUGAUGCUUUUUUCAGCCAGACUGUGAUCAAGCUUGGGAAGACCUUUGCAGCUUUAACCGUGGCCGACCUUGCAAAGCAAGUCUUUCCUUCGCCCGUGGAUGAGGAGAUCGCUGAAUCUGCCGUUUCUUCACUCAUCAUGUCUGGGGCUUUGAACGCCACAUUGGUGCAGAUGCAGGAUCAUGCUGGGCUCUCGAUGCUACGAUUUUCCAUCGCUCUUUCGUUCCCUCGGCUCUCGCAUGAGUUAGAUGUGCAGACCCAUCUGAGGCAGGAACGACAGUUGAUGGAGUCUUUGGUGUGUAAUUUGGAGGAAACAAAUUAUAACUUGGGGAUGAGCGACGAAUGUGUCGACAGUCUUCAAAGAGGGCAGGCCUGGUCUGCCUCCGGUGGGGCUAAUCCAACCACGGCAGAGGAGGCGGGCCUCGAGAUGGAUGAAGAUCUGAUGGGUGAUAUGUCAUAA